CCAUCUAAUUUGCCAUCACGCACGAUCCUGGUGACAUCAUGUUCGGCCAGGGUGAGUUUGGCGACUCUGGCAGCAACUCGACGACCGACUCGGGCGCUCCGGACUAUGUUCCUGCCGUGCUGAACGACAUCCGGCUCAUUGCUGCGGGUGUCAUUGUGCUGCUUGGCGUCAUGCUGAAACCGCGAACGAGCGAAGCCCACCUCAAACACAUGGGACCGUCCGUUCCGAUACCAAUGAACUUUCUGGAAAAUCGCAGCGAACGCUUGAUGACGGCAUUUCUGUUUGGCUCUGCGGGCAGUUCGAUUUUCUCGGUGUACUUUUUCGAUCCGCUCCCGGACAGCGUCAAUACCUACUAUGUGCAGUAUUACUACAUGGCGCUGUUGCUUCAGGUGGCCUUCCAAUUCUACCCGCUAUUCGUUUGUCACACGUACCGCGACCAUCCGCUCAUGCUGGUCGUCGGAUGGCUGUAUUCCAUGUACAUGUUCGCGCUGCUCGUGUACAGCACUGCCAUUCAGGCAAACUUCUUCCCGUUCGCCGUAUCGGUGAUACCUACAUUGAUCUGCAUGGCGAUUGUCGUGCUGCAUUUCACCAAAGGAGUUUUCUUCCUGCUCACAUCCAAACACUCGAGCUCGACAGCAUCCGACCAUGCCGAAACGCUUGAAAAGUACCGAGUCUAUGUCCAGUCCCGGCUGGUGGCUCGUGCAGGCGCGCCCAGGGCUGGGUUUGCACCUCCAACAUCCUCUGACGGUCCAGGACUGCGUUCGGGCAAAAUCGAUCGCUUCCUGCAUGACGACAGCAUGAAGGCGCUCUUGCGACCCAGAGGCAGCCUUCCUGUGCGGUUUGAGAGUGUUUCCCCCGCCACGGCUUCUACCACCACCACCAGCCCCCAAUCCUUCACAUUGCCCUUCUACCAGACCGUUCCUGGAUUUCUGUACUCUCCGCGUCUCAUCUCGACCUUUGUGGUGACGGGCGUCAUCCUGUUCGAGCUCUUCAUCCUCCUGCUGUUUAUCGCCUUGUCGGUGUCGGACUUGCUCGUCGAGUUGUACAGGAAUGCUGUUUCUCAGCACACGCUUGACGAAAUUCAAGUCAUUUCAAAAGUGUGCGCCCUCGUUGCCAUGGCCUUGACGAUCCUGUUGCUGGUCUGGUGUGCAUUCCAGACCAUCCUCACGUACCGCAGCCACAUUUGCAUGAUGCGUCGAGGCAACUACUCGUUCAUUCGACCAGGCAUUCUCGCACAGAGGCGCCACAUGAGCGACACUGUGCGAUACUCUGGCUAUCAGAUUGCCUACAUGAUGCUCAGUUUCGCGUUCACGUCCAUCGUUCUAUUGCUCGUCUGCUCGUUGAUCGCAAUGAGCUUGUUUGUCGAUGCGAUUCGCGAGGUGUUUUGGCCGUGGGCGCUCAACUACUUUUUCUUCCCGCUGCUGGUCUCGUUUGGAUUUAUGUUUUUCCAGUAUGUCCUCGCCCGAUUCGUUUUCAGCGUGGACAUGUCGAUGAGCAUUGACAAUCGCCGGCUUUGGCACAACUUUGACUACUUUUACAUUUUCGUCAACAUUGUGGUCGGUCUCUUCUCGUACUUGGCGCGCGUGCUCAAGGCACUGCUCUUCAUCGCGCUCUUCUUCUCUCGUCUGGACAAGUGCGUCACACUGAACGACUACGAGGGGUGGGACCAAGGCUACCGUGCGUACAUUGGAUUCCUCAUGCUCGAUCACUACUACGGCAACCCGUACCUGGUGCUUGCCGUCGCCAACUUUGCCUCCCAUCAAAGCGUAGAUUCGCACCAAGCAUUGAUGCAACCGGCUAGCACGCGAAACAGCUCCGGAAAUGGCGACAACGCCGCCAAACGCAACCGAAUGAGUCUGCACCAAAAGAUGUCCAACCGAGUCCUAGCCACAAGCACAUCCAACGACCCCUACGAGCCGCGUUCGCGCCCAUUGCUCGCACAUAGCGACGAGGAGAAUUCGUACCAUACGAUUGCUCGGCCGAGAGAUCCCGAUUCUGCAGGGUACACCAAGGCGCGCCUUCGUUGGCAAGUGGCGUACACGCUCCUCAACAAUCCGCACAUCAUUCCCCUCAGAAAGCACCAUUUGGGGACGUCACUGUUCUCUGUGCAAUACCAGCUGGUGGCACCUUCGUCCAGCGUCACGCCCUCUACCUCUUCCGACGCCUCGCGCUCCUCGACGACCUUGUAGAGGGAUGUAUGUUUGCAUGUUUGGUUGUAUGGUUUGUUGUUGUUGUUGCUUUGUUGUUUGUUUGAUUGCUUGUUAUUCGUUGCUUGUUGUUGAGAGUGGUCCGUCAGAUUAGAUUUUUAUUGUGCA